GUUAAGAUGGGCUUACUGGUAGACUUGACCAACACCACUAGAUUCUAUGAUAGGAAUGAUAUAGAGAAAGAGGGAAUUAAAUACAUAAAGCUGCAGUGUAAAGGGCAUGGUGAGUGCCCCACACCUGAGAACACAGAGACCUUCAUCCGUGUGUGUGAACACUUCAGUGACAAGAAUCCCUCAGAGCUCAUAGGUGUCCACUGCACACAUGGCUUCAACAGGACUGGAUUCCUCAUCUGUGCCUUUCUGGUUGAGAAGUUGGACUGGAGCAUUGAGGCUGCUGUGGCCACGUUUGCUCAGGCCAGACCCCCAGGUAUUUACAAAGCUGACUACCUGAAGGAGUUGUUUCGCCGCUACGGAGAUGAAGAUGAUGCACCAUCUCCACCAGAGCUGCCAGAAUGGUGCAUGGAAGAAGAUGAGGAGGAGGAUGAUGACAAUGGCAGGACAGGAGGCCAAGAGUCAGAGCCUGGAUCAUCAAGCUCUGCCUUUGGCAAGAGGAGAAAAGAACGUCUAAAACUG